AUGACAGCCAAAGCCAAGGCAGCAGACAGGGCCGCAGAUUUUGGUCAUAGUGGCACUUUGUUUGCCAUUAUUAAGGAAUUAACCCAGGUCAAAGAACAUCGACGUAGUUUUGGUUUUCGACGCGACGAGGACCCUGCAGGGGAGGCAGAGGCUUGGAAACAGCAUUUUGAACACAUACAGUCUGGUGUAGGACAGAUCCCGGAUGAGGUAUGGCGGGAUAUCACGCCUUUGCCGGUUACAGCAGACUGGCUGUCUUCACCGCCGACCCCGGAGGAAAUCCAAAAAAGUAUUAAUGACAUGAGUACUGGGAAGGCCCCAAAUUCUGAUCUGCUUAUGGCCGAAUUCCUCAAGUACGGGGGUCCAGCCCUCCGGGCCGAAUUAGCCAUAGUCAUUUCCCAAGUUUGGCAAACAGCUCAAGAUGCCGAGGAAGGUUCCGGGGUCGAUGAUGUUCAACAACUGACCCGUGCUUUCCUAGAGGAUGCGGCUGGCUCCGCUCACGAUAGGUUGGCACAAAAUAAAAAUGAGUGGAAGCGCCGGGUUCAGGAAGCUUUCCCCCCCGAAAAAGUCCACCCAGACAGAGAACAGGCUUUGAAUGCAUGGCGCCCGGGCAGACCCCUCCCGGCUUUUGCCAAUACUGCCCCCAAUGAAGCAGAAGCGGAAGAAAUGGCAGCAGGUAGUGAAGAAGAUAUAGGGGAAGUACGCAGAGGUCGCGCACGGCAACGGGUUCGACGCAUGUAUGCUCGGGGUGGGGGCGCGGAGGCUAGCCGACAUGAGCGCGCACAACGGAAUGCGGCAGGACCCAUGGGAGGACAUCCAGCAGUGAAAGCAAAAGCUCGUCCAAAACCAGCAGCAAAAAGGGCGUUGCAGCGCCGCAUGGCAGAUGAGGCAUUGGGUCAACAAGUGGAUGAAGUCUUGUUUCAGAACAAAGCCUCAGAGUUGUCGGCUGGCAAACGCGGAGUCCCGGUCCAAGCUGUACGAGCCGCACUCAGUGCACAAUUUUCCUUUCAGGGAAAUUUGGAGUGGGUUCACAAAGGUUUGCGCGCCAUGAGGGGUACGUCCCCGGCCGCAGGGUAG